AUAUGCACUGGUGUCACAAGUUCUAAGGGGGCGUUCAAAUGCAUUAAUCUCCUAGAAUCCGAAAACUGCAGACUUUGAAAUUAAACAUCUUGGAAUUAAAGCAUUUAUUAAUGUUGUGAGUACCCAAACAGGCAAUCAUGACAACACCUUGGUUUGAACUGCUGAGUGAGAAGAAGCUUCUCGCUCACUUGUCUUCUGAUUCACCAGACCCAUCAGCCCAGGAGCUGAUUGUCAAGCUGAUCGCGUACGCUCCGCGCCCGGUGGUGGCCGGCGCCGAUGUGGAGUUUAUACCGUACGGCGGCUCGGGCGCCGACGAGCGCCGCUCGGCGGCCUCGCUCAGUCUGCAGCAGACGGCGCGCGCUGCCCGCCGAGUGGCCGGCCUGCAGUACAAACUGCUGGCCGUGCAGGUGUUCGCCCACUGCCAAUGGCGCUUCCCGGCGCUCGACAAACGGGUGCCGCUGCCGAUGCAGCAGACGCUGCUGACCACCCUGCUGACCGUCUGCGGCGGGACGGCGCUCUCCGAGGUGGCGUGUCACGCCGACCUGGCCCUGGACUCGCUGCCGCCCCAGGCGCUGUUUGCAGUCAGCCUGUACCACCGCUGGGUGCUGUGGUCCGUCUGCCAGCUGGCCAUGCCCAGUCGGCCGCAGCGCAACGCAGCCAUACCGCUUCCCGGCCAGCAGGACCCGGCCGUGGUGAUGCCCCACGUCUCGGAGGCGGCGCGCCAGUCGGUCGAGGCGCAGGCGGCCGGCUCGCUGGAGCUGCUGGCCCGCCUGCAGGAGAGGCCGCUGCCCAUGCUGCUGCCCUCGGUGCAGACGUUCGGCAGGUACACGGAGACGACGACCGAGCCCGAGCACGACUGGCAGAGCGCCGCCGCCGUCACACAGGAGGAGCUCGUCUGCCAGCUCAACUUCGAGCUCGGCAGGUACCACUUCUUCAAAGGUGACUACAGCGACGCGGGCCUGUGUUUCACGCGCUCCGAGACGCUGUACCGCUCGGCACCGUGGCGGCGCGACUCCCAGUUCGUCUGGCUGAACGAGGCAGAGCUGACCGGGUACUGUCUGGCGGUGAGCGGCUGCCCGCCGCCGAUGCCCCGACGACAGCUCUACCAUAGACUGAGGAGCAGCGUGGUGAACGGAUACCGGGAGAUCGUGGACAUCCUGCUGGAGGAUAACGUCAGCCAGGAGCUACCGAUGACCACCCGGGACACAGUGGCGCGAGACGUGGCCGCCCUGGUGGCGCGACGCGCCGAACGCGUGCCCGCAGACCUGGCGCACAGGAUCGACAUUCUGAACUGCGUGCGCCGCGCGCUGGAGGACCACCACCAGGUGGUGGACCUGUCGGCGCCCCUGGCCGGCUCGGCGCGCCUGCAGCGCCUCCUGCUGGACGCGGUGCUGGAGGCCCUGCCGGCCUGCGAGUCCGCGCCGUCCCCGGACCAGUGCCGGGAGCGGCUGCGGCUGCUGCUGCUGCGCACCGGACAGCACGCACCAGGACUGGUGGCGGCGCUGGCGCACCACGGCGCCGGCGCGGCGCUCUACUCGCCAGAGGAGCUGCAGGAUCUGGUGCAGCUGCAUACGGAGAGUGAGGAGGCCGAGCUGCCGACCGAUCCGCCACCGGCCGCCACCGGCAUACACGACCCCGUGGUGGAGGUGGGCUGUCUGGAGCGGCGUCUGAUGGAGUCGUACUCUCCACCGGAGCUGGCCGCCAUCCUGCGCCAGCUGGCCGCCCUGAAGCCGGGCCGGCCGCUGUGGCGCGCCAACACCCACUGGCAGCUGCCCAUCCCCGUACAGAGCGUUAUCAUGUCGCUGCCGGCCGGCUUCCUCAGAGACUACUUCUACAUCGUCAUGGCCAAAGCCAACGAGCUGCUCCAGCUCAAGCGUUUCGACGGCUCCCGGGAGCUGCUGCAGUCCAUUCUGGAGGAGGCGCAGUCGGGCCCGGCCCAGCAGACACCUACCGCUGCCAAACUGGUCCGGCUGAUCGGCUGGGAAAAGCUGCUGGCCGACCUGCUGCAGCUGCUCCACAACUGGCCCAAAAUCGGAGACUACCGUGAGCUGACGCCGCGCGCCAAGUCGUGUCUGUCUGCGCUGAAGGGCAGUGAGGUGAUCCCUCGCUCGGAGCUGGUCGAACACUGCACGCUGUACCUGCUGAACGUGUGCCAGUGGGACCACCUGAUCGACCACCUCAGUGAGCAGGAGCGGCGCGGCUGGACGCAGAUGGAGCUAGCCGCACUGCUGGCCGCCGUCUGCCGCGAGCUCGUCAACAAGGGAAACGACAGACAGAUGUCCAGGAACCUCUGGAACGCCGUGAUCCCGAUGUUCACCGUCUCGGGACAGCAGAAGCGGACCGCCCUGGGCACCUGUUCCUCCGUGCAGCGGGACUCGCCGCUCGCCAUCAUGCCCCGGACACAGCUCACGCAGUUCAUACAAAAGGUCCACGAGCACACUAGUCUGAGCGUGCUGACCUCACUGCUGACGCGACUGCACAACAUCCUACUGGACGACUCCACCCGUGAGAUGAGCCUGGAGCACGCCGGACUGUGGCCCAACGUCGUCAACAACACGAGUCUGUUCUCGCUAGGCAGUGUGUCCGAGUGCCUGCAGACGCUGCUCGCGCAGGGCAUCCGCCUGUACCCGGCGCACAUCCCCUGGCUGCAGGGCAUGGCCGACCUCAGAUACGCGGGUCACGAGCCGACCUCCUCACUGCGCCACUACCUGGAGGCGUGUCUGGUGAGCUCCGAGUACUUUUCGCGGCCCGUACCGCGCACCGUGCUCAGCGAGGCAGUGCUGCGGCGCAUGAUCAAAUGCUGCUCGGCGCUGCACUGCUACACGCAGGCGGCCGUGCUGUGCCAGUUCCUGGACGACGUCGACUACGCCAGCGCGUUCCAGUACGCCUCCGAGCGCAGCUGCUCGGACGCCAUGGACGCCUACUACGAGUGUGUCUGGGACGUCACACUGCUCGAGUUCCUCACCAGCCUGCACCACCGGCGGGCCGAGCGCACCAAACGACAGCAGGUCAUCAAACUGAUCGGACAGCUGGAGCUCAACUCAAACAAUAACGAGGAGAUCCAGCGCGAGGCGGCGGCCGUGCGCAAGGCGCGCUUCCUCAGGGCGAUGGUCAAACAGUAUGCGGCGUGACGGACGGAGGGCGAGGGUGGCGCGGAGCCGCAGUGGUGGUGAUGGCACGAGCUGCAGUGUUAAGGACGGCGUGGGGCCGAGGGAGGCACGGAGGGCUGUGUCGAGAGUGGGAGGCCAUGGGCUGUGGUUGGUGAUGUUCGGAGAAAAGGCUGUGUGGACUUGGGACACUAGGGUUCGCUCAUCAGCCAGAUGAGGGAUUUGAAGAACCCGGCGAUCCGCGCACGGCGAAACGGAGCUGAUUAUCUGGCUGAGCGUUUUGUCCAUCCGGCUGGCAAAGCUCGUCCUUCUGGCAAAAGGCCCACGUGACUUGCAAUCGCAGACCUACUCUGGCACACUUCUCGCACGAUACCGAGCCUCGUAUACCCUACGGGACCUGACGCCAAGCUGAGAGCCAACCCUCUGCAUAAUUCCACCGCUGUGCUGACGAGUGAGUUGUGGAAUGAGUAUGUGCUCACCGCAUGAGUGGCGUGUGAUCCGUGUAAAUGUGGCGGCAGACUGGUCACGAUGCUGCUAAUGUGUGUUUCGGUGCGUGUUCGAAAUAUGUGCUCACAUCGCAUCGCAUAUGUUGAUUUUAUGUGUAUUGUAAUUUCAUGCUGUAUAAACGUACAUCAUCGUGUCAGAA